UAACCAGCAAAUUGCGGUUAAAAGAGUCUUGUGAGAAAUCACCAACGGGAAUUUUCCCAAAAGGAGAAGUGAAGAAAAAAACAGGCACUGUUCUGGGGCUGUAAACCUUUGAAACUACAUUUAAACAGAUCCAUAUUUCAUGGAAAAAGAAAUGGAGGGCACCUCUAAAAUGAGUUCUCCAUCUCCUGAAUCAAGCAGUGCGUCAUUAAAGAGUGAUCGGCCUUUGAUGAACCAUCUCCUUAAAUUGAGUGAUACAAUGACCUCUGACACCAGCAGGAGACAGAGAUCGGAGUCUCCAGAACCCAGCUGUGUGUCUCUGAAGAGUAACAGAUCCAUGGAUCAUCCAUUUCAAUUUAGUGAUGGACCGGUGAACUCUGACCUUCUAAAGGAAAUAUAUGAGCCAAUCAGAUAUUUGCCAUCCUCUACAUACCAUGAUCAGACUCAUAUCAGAGAGGAAAGAAGUGAAUCAAUCCUGCAUACACAUAUACUACAGACUGGAAACCAUCAGCGUGCCAAAGACCAGCACAAAAUCCACAUGAAAAAAAUGUAUGAGAGAUUAUUUGAAGGAACCAAAGUACAAGAGAAUGAAACGCUUCUGAACAAUGUUUACACACAACUCUGCAUUACAGAGGGAAACAGUGAAGGUGUGAAUGAAGAACAUGAGGUUUUACACACAGAGAAAACAUCCAGAACAAAACACUCACAAGACACUACAAUCUACUGCAAUGACAUCUUUAAAGCUUUACCUGAACCAGGAUUUGAGGAGAAAGACCAGAUCAAGACUGUUCUUACUAAAGGCAUCGCUGGAAUAGGAAAAACCGUAUCUGUGCAGAAGUUCAUUCUGGACUGGGCUGAGGGAAAAGCCAAUCAGGAUGUAGAUUUUAUGUUUGUGCUUCCAUUUCGAGAGCUGAACUUGAUCAGAGAUCAUCAGUACAGUCUUCACAGACUUCUGCUGGACUUUCAUCCUGAACUUCAAGAUCUGGACUCAAAGAUUUAUGAGGAGUGUAAAGUUGUGUUCAUCUUUGAUGGUCUGGAUGAAAGUAGAAUCCCACUAAUGUUUUCAGGUGAUCAGAAAGUUUGUGAUGUGACUGAGACUUCAUCAGUGAGUGUGUUGAUGUUAAACCUCAUGAAAGGAGAGCUGUGUUCUUCUGCUCUGAUCUGGAUCACCUCCAGACCAGCAGCAGCCAAUCAGAUCCCCUCCAAAUACAUCAACCGUUUGACAGAAAUUCAGGGAUUCACUGAACCUCAGAAGGAGGAAUAUUUCAGGAAGAGGAUCAGUGACCAGCAUCAAGCCAGCAGAAUCAUCUCACACAUCAGAAGAGCAAGAAGCCUCCACAUCAUGUGUCACAUCCCCGUCUUUUGCUGGAUCUCAUCCACUGUGCUUCAGAAGCUCCUGGAAGAAGAUCUGAAUGUAGAAAUCCCUCAAACUCUAACUGAAAUGUACAUCCACUUCCUGCUGAUUCAGAUCAAAAUGAGGAACCAAAAGUAUGAAGAAAGAGAUCCAGAGAAACUCUUGCAGUCCAACAGAGAAGUGAUUGUGAAACUUGCUGAAGUAGCUUUCAAACAGCUGAUGAAGGGUAAUGUGAUGUUCUAUGAGGAAGACCUGAUUGAGAGCGGCAUAGACAUCACUGAUGCCUCAGUGUUUUCUGGAAUUUUCACUGAGAUCUUUAAGGAGGAGUCUGUAAUUAAUCAGAGGAAAGUCUACAGCUUCAUUCACCUGAGCGUUCAGGAAUUUCUCGCUGCAUUCUAUGUUUUUUACUUUCAUGUGAGUGUAACUAUGCAGGGACUUAGGAAUUUUGCUUUAGUACAACAUUUGCUCAAAACUGCAGUAGAUGAAGCCCUUCAGAGUGAGAAUGGUCACCUGGAUCUGCUCUUGCGGUUCUUGCUUGGUGUCUCACUGGAGUCCAAUCAGAGACUCUUACAGGAUCUACUGACACACACAGAGAACAGCUCAGAGAGCAUCAGGAGAACCACGCAGUACAUUAAAGAGAAAAUCAGAGAUGGACAUGACCUCUCCACUGAAAGAUCCAUCAAUCUUUUCCACUGUCUGCUGGAAGUGAAAGAUCAGACUCUGUCCAGAGAGAUUCAGGAGUUUGUGAAAUCAGACAAAUACUCAGAGAAGAAACUUUCUCCUGCUCACUGCUCAACAAUCUCCUACAUGCUUCAGAUGUCAGAGGAGCCACUGGAUGAGCUGGAUCCAAUUAAAUACAACACAUCAGAUGAGGGGAGAAGAAGACUGAUACCAGCUGUGAUCAACUGCAGAAAAGCUCUUGUUGCUGGCUGUAAUCUCAGUGAUCAGGAUUGUGAAACUGUGUCAUCAAUUCUACAAUCUUCAAACUCUGUCCUGAUAGAGCUGGAUCUGAGUAACAAUGACCUGCAGGAUUCAGGAGUGAAGCUGCUCUCUGAUGGACUGAAGAGUCCAAACUGUCAGCUGGAGAUACUGAGGUUGUCAGGCUGUAUGGUGACGGAGGUAGGCUGUGGUUAUUUGUCUUCAGCUCUGAGUUCAAACCCCUCACACCUGAGAGAGCUGGAUCUGAGCUACAAUCACCCAGGAGAUUCAGGAGUGCAGCUGCUCAAACACAAACUGGAGGAUCCAAACUACUCACUGGAUAAACUCAAUAUGGAAUAUGGGGGACAUUUAAGGGUCAGAGCAGGACGGAGAAAAUAUGCCUGUGAUCUCACACUGAAUCCAAACACAGCACACACUCAACUCAUUCUGUCUAAAGACAACAAAGAAAUAACGUCUGUAAAAGAUCAUCAGUCGUAUCCUGACCAUCCAGACAGGUUUGAGUUCUUUGAGCAGGUUUUGUGUCGAGAGAGUCUGACUGGACGCUGUUACUGGGAGGUUAAAUGUAAAGGCUCAGGUCAUAUUGCAGUAACAUACCAGGAAAUCAAAAGAAAAGAAGGGAGUGACUGUCGGUUUGGACGCAAUGACAAGUCCUGGAGUCUUUUCUUUUGUGAUAAGCUGUACACUUUUUGGAACAAUGACAAGGACACUAACAUUCCUUCUUCACCCUCCUCUAAUAAACUAGGAGUGUAUCUGGAUUGGUCGGCCGGCUCUCUGUCCUUCUACAGUGUCUCUGACACACACACACUCACACACUUACACACAUUCAACACCACGUUCACUGAACCCCUCUACGCUGGGUUUACAGUGUAUCCUGAUUCCUUAGUGUCUCUAAAUAAGACAAACAACAGAGACUCAUUUUAAAACUUCCAUCUCGCAAAUGUAAGCUUACAUAAAAACACAAAUAAUUAUUGAUAUCUGAACAACAAUCUCAAAUUGCAGAAUCAACAGUCUAUCAAUGAUUUAUAAUGAUUGGCAGAAUACAGUUUAAACUGGCGGUUCUGUUCUGGACAGAUUAGCAUGGACAAGAGCAGCAAUAACCCACCAGGGUAACAUCACUGUGAGGGUCUGCGUGUAUGCUGUGAGGUGCUUCCACACAAAAAAGAAAAAAUGAUUAAAAUGUUGUUUCCAAAUCAAA